CUGAACUUAUUAGAGUUAACUUCCCCAUAGAUUUAGAAUUCCUUGGAUAUUAACUCUUUUAUUUAAUAUUUACAAAUAAAAAUAUUUCAUUUUUAUUAUAAUUUAAAAAAAAAAAUUAAUAAUUAAAUAAAAAAAAACCAAACAUAUAAAUUUCGGAAUAUUUUUGUUUUAAAGAAAUUAAAAAAAAAUUUUCAAAAUGAAGAUAUUGACGGCUUUAGCUAUGCUAAUAGCCAUAACACGAGCUGAUGUAUCACAUUUGGAUACUGACUUGCGUGAAGAUGGCUAUCAUUAUCAACAACCUUCAGUACCAUUCCCUUCUGGACCAUCGCAAUCUGGAAUAUCAUCCCGUUUACCACAACCAUCACAAGCACCAGAACGACAUCAACCAUCAUAUCCCUCCUCAACUCCCGGAAGAAGUAGCCCAUCGUACCCGUCACCAACACCAGGUGGUGGGCAUUCGCCAUCGUACCCAUCAUCAACAUCUGGAGAAGGCCAUUCACCAUACCCGUCACCAACAUCAGAAGGGCAUUCACCAUAUCCAUCGCCAACACCAGGAGGAGGAAGACCUUCCUAUCCAUCACCAACACCAGGAGGAGGAAGACCUUCCUAUCCAUCAGCAGCACCGGGAGGAGGAGGACCUUCCUAUCCAUCCCCAGCACCGGGACAAGGUAGACCAUCUUAUCCAUCACCAACACCAUCAGGAGACAGACCCUCUUAUUCAUCGCCUUCAUCCAGAGAUGACCAACCAUCAUAUUCCUCACCAGCACCUGGAAGUGGUAGACCAUCAUUCCCCUCCCAAAGACCUAGUGGAGGAAGGCAAUCAUUCCCGUCUCCAACUCCAGGAACUAAAAGUCCCGAUUUGGAUUAUUUAACGCCAGAAGAUAGUAAUGAUAUAGAUGGUGGACAUGGCUUCCCUAAACCAGGAUCUCAACAAGAACAUGGACCAAAAGCUCGACCAGGCACAGGAUUUCCACAAGGACAAGGCCCAAAACCAGCUCAGGGACCAGGUCGUCAUGGACCUUCAUCAAGCCAAGGAGCUCACGGGCAACCAAGACCAGGAACCGGGCCAACGGGCUUCCCACAAACGCCAGGCCCAAGUGCUGGCCCAAGAUUAGGUCCAGGGCCAAAACCAUCGCAAAGUCCUGGUCUGGAAUACCUACCACCAGAUAACAGCAUUGAUAGUGGAGCUGGAUUUAGACCCCAAAGUUGCGGUGGUCCAGGUGGAUUCAGUGGUCCAGGAUGUGACUCUGAGGAGCCUGAAGGUCCAGAUGGUCCAAGCGGUCACGGCGGACCCAGAGGACCAAGUGGCCCAGGUGGUCCCGCAGGACCAAGAGGUCCAAGUCACUCCGGAUCAAGAGGGCCAAUCGGUUCUGGUGGCCAUGCCGGACCAAGAGGACCAAGUGGUCCAAGUGGACCCUCCGGACCAAGAGGACCAAGCGGUCCAAGUGGACCAUCCGGACCAAGAGGACCAAGCGGUCCAAGUGGACCUUCCGGACCUAGAGGACCAAGCGGUCCAAGUGGACCUUCCGGUCCAAGAGGACCAAGUAGUCCAAGUGGACCUUCCGGACCAAGAGGACCAAGCGGUCCAACCGGACCCUCUGGACCCAAACAACCCUUUGGUCCAAGAGUAUCUGGACCCAGUGGUUCUGGAUCAUAUGGUCAACCACAAGGACCUAGUGGAAAUAAUGGGGAGCCCGAAGAGCCUUGUGGAGCAAAUGAUUUUGGAAAUAUAGGAGCAAUAGGUGGUGCAGGCUGCUCAUCAGGUCCUCAACCUGGAUCACAACCUCGGCCCCAACAAUAUCCAGGAUCACAACAAAGACCUCAACCUCGUCCACAACAAAGACCGCAACCUGGUUCAAAUGUAGAAAGAGAAUAUUUACCACCUGAUAACGAUAUUAGCCAAGAUGGAGGUUUCCCUCAGUCAAGACCAAGUCCAACACCAGGAGCAGGCCCUAGACCAGGACCAAGCUCAAGACCAGGACCAAGCUCAAGACCAGGACCAAGUUCAAGACCAGGCCCAAGUGCAAGACCAGGACCUCAACCUCGACCAGAACCAUCAUCGGCACCACAAUAUCCAUCAUCUCCAUCAUCACCACAAUACCCAUCUUCCCCCCAAUUCCCAUCACCAACACCAUCUACGGGAUUGCGAUUCGCUGCGUCAUCACCAAGACCUCAAUUUCCAUCACCAGCACCUGAAAAUGAAUAUCUACCCCCAGGAGAUGAACGUCCCGAUAGCCAAUUUGGAAUAAAUGCUGGUCCUCAACCAAGACCUAGUCAAAGACCAGGAUUUGGACCUCAGCCCAGUUUAGGUCCAAGACCAACAUCAGGUUCUCAACCAAGACCAAGUCCUAGACCACAAAUAGGGCCACAACAAGGGCCAAGACAAGGUCCUGGCUCUCAAGGAUCCGGUCCAUUUGGACCCCAGCCCAGUUACGGUAAUGAACAAGAACCAGAACCUUCACAUACUCUGGAUGAAGAUGGUUACCGAUAUAAAGUUCCAUCUCAAGAAUUUAAAUACUAAACUGCAAAUUUUAAUCUCAUCUAGGUGAUUAUGAAAAUUCUUAUAACUAGCCAUGUAUUAUAUGUUUUAAUUUAAUAUAAAUUUUAAUUUAUAAAAAGCUUUACUGUAAAAUAUUGCGAAAACCUUUCUUCUAUUCUAGAGUUGUAUACAAAAAAUGUCAACAAAAAAUAUUAAAAACCAACUUAAAACAAAUUAAGCUUUUU